AUGGUGAUGUUCAAAAGGUCAAAGAAGACCGUGGAGACCGUGGAAACGCUGCCGACGGGUGCGGACACUGACAAUGCCCGGUUACCGGACAAAAACGGACUCGAAACACACAACGAAAAGUGUAGGCCAGAAGGAACGACAAACGAUACAAACGACACUAACGAAAUGAUGCCCGACCGCGAAAAGAACGGAGCACGACCACCAAUCUUCAGUUCCACGUGGAAAGAAAUUAUCUGCAUUUUCCUGCUUGCUCUCAGUCCCGUUCUGGAAGCCCUCACAACUGGAGCUCUUCUGGUGGCCCUGGAUAAAAUCGGCCAGAGCUACAAGAUUGAGGGAGGACAGCUGUCAUGGACUCUGUCGGCCUUUUCCCUCGGCACUGGAUCGUCUCUUCUGAUCAUGGCAGGUCUGGCGGACUCGUUUGGGCGCAAAAAAACCCUGAUUGCAGGAUACACAGUGUUUGCCGCCACCUCUCUCAUUUCCGGGUUCAUGAAGAACGAUGUGGCCUUUGACGUGCUGCGAGCCAUCCAAGGCGUUGCCACCGGAGCCGCGAUUCCUGCCUCGGUCGGAAUUCUCGGCUCAAUCUACAGAAAGCCCAGCAAACGAAAAAAUCGAGCCAUGGCUGGUUUUGCGGCUGGAGCACCGCUGGGGUUUGUGGUGGGCCUGGUAGUGGGCGGCAUUUGCGGCGAGUUCAUUGGCUGGCAGGGAAUUCUCUUCUUCUUUGCCAUCAUGUACUUUCUGGCUGCACUGGCCUGUGUCUGGUACGUUCCACCAGACCCUCCCAUGAGCAAACCAGAAGUGAUUGAGAAGCUCAAAAAUCUCGACUACGGAGGAGCAGCCCUGUGUCUGGCGGGAUUCACGCUCUUUGUGUUCGCCAUGACCCACGCAGACAGCACAGAGAAGGGCUGGAAGACUCCCUACAUCAUUGGUCUGUUUGUGACCGGAUUCGUGCUCAUUGUGCUGUUUGUUCUCUACGAAUGCUACAUUGCCAGCAACCCAAUCAUGCCGCCUCACAUCUGGAAAUGCAAGGGCUUCGCUGUCUGUAUGGCCUGUGUGGCUUUGGGUAUGUCCACCUUUCUGGGGACCACUCAAUUCUACAUUACUAUGUAUUUCCAGAAUAUCAAGGGCACCAAUCCGAUUCUUACCACCGCUUACUUUGUUCCCAUGGUGGUGGCCGGUAUCUGUGUCAAUGUCUUUGCUGCCAUGACUCUACAUCUCAUCCCUGGCCGGUUUCUCAUGAUGCUGGCCCAGGCCGGCUUCUUUGGAGCAGCUCUGCUCAUGGCUCUGGUUGGAGUACACACUUCCUACUGGGCCAUCCCCUUCCCCGCAGAAAUCCUCUCAGUUAUCGGAGCAGACUUGCUCUACAACGUGUCUACUCUGCUCACCAUUAACUCGGUCAGUGAGGAUCUGCAAAGUCGAGCAGCAGGUAUCUUCAACACCAUUGCCAUGCUGUCUGCAGCUGUCGCUCUUGCUGCUGCCUCUUCCAUUGCCUCGGCCAAGGUCAGUGCCGACGAGACCCACAAGGUGUCCAAGGAGACACUGCUCGACUCUUAUCAUGCUGCCUUUUGGUUCUCGGUCGGUACAUCAGCGGCGGGCUUGGUACUGUCCUUCUUCCUGGAUCUGGGUACAUCCGGCGGAGAUGAGGGGAAGGACGUGGAUCAGGAUACGGAGGAGGUGGAGACGGAUUCCAUCACCGGCGUCAAUAACAACUAG